AUGGUUAAAGUUGACGUUAAAUAUACGAAGCUGUUCAUCAACAAUGAAUGGGUAGACGCCGUUAGCAAAAAGACCUUCCCAACUAUAAAUCCUCAAGACGAGACGAUCAUUAUUCAAGUCGCAGAAGGAGAUAAGGCAGAUGUUGACAUAGCUGUGGCGGCAGCAAGAAAAGCAUUUCAUCGUUACUCCCCAUGGCGCACUAUGGACGCCUCGCAAAGGGGACUCCUUCUGCUCAAACUAGCUGAUCUCAUGGAGUCCCAAGCCAGAUAUUUAGCUGAACUAGAAACUCUAGACUGUGGAAAACCAGUCAAAACAGCUGAGGAAGAAGUGUAUUACUCUGCAAGCGUUUUGAGAUACUAUGCGGGAAAAGCGGAUAAAAUUCAUGGAAAUACGAUACCUGCAGAUGGCGAGGUUCUAUCUAUGACGCUCAAAGAACCAGUUGGUGUCUGCGCUCAAAUCAUACCAUGGAAUUAUCCAAUACCUAUGCUGUCUUGGAAAAUAGCACCUGCGCUUGCUGCAGGUUGUACAUUAAUAGUGAAGCCAGCCGAACAAACAGCCUUAACAGCAUUAGCAGUGGCUGCUCUCAUCAAGGAAGCUGGUUUCCCACCUGGUGUGGUCAACAUCGUGCCUGGUUACGGCCCUACUGCUGGUGCUGCACUGACGCAUCACCCAGACGUCGAUAAGGUCGCUUUUACCGGAUCUACUGAGGUCGGACGAUUAAUCCUGGGUGCUGCACCAGUUGCAAAUCUCAAACGAGUGACCUUAGAAUUGGGAGGAAAGAGUCCUUUGGUUGUUUUUAACGAUGCUGAUGUCGAAAAGGCCGCUCAACUGGCGCACGCAGCUGCGUUUGCAAAUGGCGGUCAAUGUUGUUGCGCGGGAACUAGAACUUACGUCCAGUCCGGCAUUUAUGACCAAUUCAUUAAAAAAGCUGCUGAAAUUGCCAAUGGAAGAUCCGUAGGAAAUCCUUUUGAUGAUGUUCAACAAGGACCUCAGAUAGACAGUGAGAUGUAUUCGAAAGUACUUAAUUACAUAAAGGCAGGAAAGGAUGAAGGUGCAAAUUGUUUAGCGGGUGGUGAUAAAUGCGGUGAUAAAGGAUAUUACAUUCAACCAACGGUUUUCGCAGAUGUUAAAGAUGAAAUGAAAAUUGCGAAAGAAGAGAUUUUUGGACCAGUACAGAGCAUAUUGAAAUUCGAUACAUUUGAAGAAGUGAUCGACCGGGCUAACAAUACAAAUUAUGGCCUGGGAGCUGGUGUCAUCACAAAUGACAUUACUAUUGCUCUUAGCUUUGCUAAACACGUCAGAGCUGGCUCCGUUUGGGUAAAUACGUAUGAUCACGUAACCAGCCAAACACCAUUUGGUGGUUUCAAGGACUCCGGCUUAGGAAGAGAAUUGGGUGAAGACGGUGUUAACCAAUACCUAGAAGUAAAAACUGUUACUCUGGCACUACCAAAAAAACCCCAAUUAUAA